UCACAUCUUCCCCGUCUCCCAUCCUCCUCCUUCUCCAUACCCCCCCACCUCUCUCUCCUCCUCUCUCUACCCCGCCAUUCUCCUCACACGACCCUAACAACAAAAGGCAAGGCAGCCAGCCACAUCACAAGCCCUACCAUCAAAAGGCUCGCGACUCGAUACCCAUCCAUCUCAACACCCUAGCACGGAGCUCCAGCUUCUCCAACAACCCCCAUCCCCCUGCAUCCAUCUGCCGGCGCAGCAGCAUCACACGGCAGUGCUUGCAAGCGACCACGCGAUGAACACACACCCGUACGCCUCGGCCUACUCGACGAUGGCGUCUUCCUUUCCUUCCUCGUCCCUGCAAGACCACCGGGGAUCAUUCUCGGGCUCUGCUUCGUUUGGAGGCGGCGGUGGAUCACAGGCGGGCGACAACAAGCGCCCUCGCACGAGCACAUCCAAUGACAAGGGCGGCGAUAGCGAUGACGAAGAUGACGAGGAUGACGACAGCGAGGACGAGGUGCCAGCCGCAACCAAGGCCGCAGCCAACAAGCCCAAUCGCAAGAUUGUCAAGGGACCGGAUGGCAAGCCAAAGGUCAAGCUGACCCGUGGCUCGAGGGCGUGCAUUGCAUGCCGAAAGAUCAAGAUGAGGUGUAUCCCAGACGAGUCGAGUGGACCGAACGGGCCGUGCAAGAGAUGUCGUUCAGGCGGUCACGAGUGUAUCUUCGAGGAAUCAAACCGAGGCAAGAGGAGCACACGAAAGAACGAGGCACUUGCAGCCAAGAUCUCCAAAAUGGAAGCUGCGCUAAAGGGGAUCGGAGGGGCACUCAGCAAUCUCGACCAGGGUUCGCUCAGCUCGUUCUCGCACGCGUUGCACGGCACAACGUCGGAUCCCGAUGUCCUGCAGCUCAUCACAUCUCACGCCUCGCCCUCGGCCGCGCCGACCCUGUCGAUAGGACUGAGUCGUGGAACGUACCACGAGUCGAGUGUCCGUGGUGGUGAGGACUCGGCGACCAACAUGGGCCACCUCCCUCCGCUUUCCCCUCGUCUCCACUCGCUCCCCGACAAUGUCCUGUCCCCUUUAGGUCUGCUCGCCGAGGCAAGCCUCCAAAACACCGACCCGUCAAAGAAGCACAGCUCUUUCCGGAACGGCACCAGCGCGCCGAUCCGGCCCUCCCCCUUGAGUCUAGGCGGCAGGAACGGCGGCCUCAACCAGCGCGUUGCCACCAGCGACGUCCGCGGCGGUGGCGACGAGGGGCUCCCAGACUUUGGUGUCGCCUCGACCAACUACUUCAAACCGGGUGCUGUGGCGUUCACUCCCGGUUCCGGUACCGAUGACCGUGUGCCCGAGCUCCUCACAAUUCUGUCACGCGAGGAGAUCGAGGAGCUGUUUGGCAUCUUCUUCAAGCACAUGGCGCCCCACUGCCCGCUCAUCUACAAAGACUUCCAUUCGGCGGAGCUCGUUCUGCAGCGAAGCCAGUUCUUGUGCACUGUAAUCUGUGCACUUGCGGCACGAUACUACACCAAGCGGCCGGAUCUGCACCAGCACCUGUCAGUGUACGCCAAGAGGCUGUCGUUUGAGGUGCCGUCAAGAGGCUACAAGAGCGUCGAGGUGUGCCAGGCGUACUUGUUGUUGUCGCUCUGGACCUUGGGCCCUGAAAAGACCUUUGAGCAGGACCGCACCUGGCUCAUGCUCGGCAUGGCCAUUCGCAUGGCGACGGAUCUCAACCUGCACCGCAAGUCGAUUGUCUCGGGUUUGGAUACGAGGGAAGGCAAGGAGCGUGACCUCGAGAUCAUCAACCGCGAGCGAUGCUGGCUGCACUGCUUCGUGCUCGACCGCUCCAUUUCGGCUCAGAUGGGCAAGCCAUACACCCUUCGCGAGGACUACAUCAUUCGCAACGCGAGCGACUGGCACCAGCAGCGGUUUUCGCUGGCGACUGACCGCGCGCUGGCGGCCUACGUCGUCUUGCAGCAGAUUAUGAGCCGUGCCAUCGACUCGAUCUACUCGUCGACCACGACGGUGUCGGGCCUGCGUGAGGACUGUGACUAUAUGCUCAUUGUCCGCUCGGCGCACGAGGAGCUGCGGAGGUGGCUCAAUGAGUGGAACCGUCCCUUCCCUACCAGUGAAGAUGGCGACGAGUUUGAAUACGCCUCGCGUGCGCACUUCUACUACGCCUACUCGUCGCUCGUCCUCUACUCGUUUGGCCUCGAGAACGCCCUCGAGCGCUCAAAGCUUGACAUUUCAUUCUUCCUCACAAACGUCUACGAGGCCGCCACAAGAGUGUGCAACGUGGUCAAGGACCACUUCUUGCCCAAGGGCUACCUCCCGUACCUCCCUGACACCAACUUUGUCAUGUGCAGCUAUGCGCUGCUCUCUCUCCUCAAGCUGCUCAAGCCUGAGCUCCGCCCCUUCCACGAACUCGAAGAGUCCAUCUUCAAGAUUGUCACCGAGGUGGCAGACAUUCUCGAGGACUGUGCGAUGGACCCAUCGCAUCAGCCGGCAAUCUAUGCUGCAUUUAUCCGGGAGAUUGUUCGCAAGACCAAGGAGGCUCGUCGCCACGGAGGGUCGACGCACCCGUCUCGUGCAGUGUCACGAGCUGGCUCGCCCACUCCCAAGGGUGCUGGCAACGCGGUUCCUGCGCAGGAGCAUGUGUUUGACCCGGCACUGCUUAACGAGGGCAACUGGCCUUCAGGGGAUAUGCUGUCGCACGAGACUCAGUUUGCGUUUAUCCCUCAAGGGGGCGACAUGAUGAUCCUGCCGUCCGCCGCUGGCCCCUCCGAGUCUGUGCAGAGCUCACCCUCUGCUACCCUAAACGCUGCGUACCCUUCGACUGGGACGCCGCAAAACUCGUCUGGAUGGGCAGAGUACCUGCCCACGUUCAUGUCGGCAGAUGCGUUUGACGGCUGGGACGGGUCCAUGUUGUUACCCGGCUUUGGGCGUGGCCAGAUGACGCUCGCCGGCGGUUUGCUUCACUCUCAGUUUGGUAGCGGUAUCAUCACACCCCUUGGACGGAGUCCGGCCGCGUCCCGUGCUGCUAGCCGUGCGGCGAGUCGUGCACAGACUCCGACGGGGAAGUAGGCGGGAGGGGACACGAGCACGCAGCGAGUGCACGAGGCAGCGAGGGAGGGUCAGGUGGGCCAGGUUAGCAGUAGGAAGGGGGUGAGUAGGGCAGUGAUGGGCGCGAGCGCGCACACGCCGCCACACCCUCACCACACGCCGCCACACCCUCACCACACAC